AUGUACGCUCUUGUGGCUGUUGGACAUAGUGCUUCUGGAAUUUGGAGCAGGGUAACACCGCGCAACUGGUAUUUUUCAGUGUCUAAUUCCAACGUCGCAAUCACCAACUCCGAACCAGGACAACAGCAACUCUCCAAUGUUACACGCUACAGCUUUCAUACGACUGGCAAGAAGUGGGAUGAAGCAAGGCGUAUCUGCGACCAGGAGGGAAGUCACCUCGCUAUCAUAAACUCGGAGGCAGAGUCCAGAGUUCUGCAUGAUCUAUAUGCCUUGACGCCUUUCGCUAAGGAUGUAGACAGAAACAACUGGGCUUUCAUUGGCUUUCAUGACCGAUUCGUUAAAGGCGAAUUCCUCACGAUACAAG